GGAAAGUUGCUUCUACGUAGUCCACUGUGUACCCGUGAGAGAUGGCGUUGAGCUCGCUCCUGUUGCUGACCAUAAUACUCGCCACAACCGUGUAUGUCGUGCUGAAGGUGCUCUCGAACAGACGCCGUGCUGCAUCCCUGGUGAAGCAACUUCCAAACUUUCAAACGCUACCGUCGGUGCCACUGUUGGGAAGUGCACAUCUCUUCAAGGACACCUCACCCGAUGGGAUCCUGCGCACGCUGGUCGAUUGCCACCACCGGUAUGGGAAGAACUUGGUACUUCAAGAGCUAGGCAACGAGUUUAAGCUUCUGAUCAGCGAACCGCGCGUCAUCGAGCAGGUCAUGCAGGCGAAAACGAUCCUGAAACCCAAAUUCUAUCGCUUCCUGCAACCGUGGAUCGGUUUAAGCAGUGUCCUGUUGAGUGGAGAACGCUGGAGCACCCGCCGGAAGCUGAUAAACCCUGCGUUUCAUUAUAAAAUGCUUGACGACUUCUUGCACACGAUGAUCGCACAAGCGGACGUGCUGGUGCAGAAGCUAUCGCAGCAUGCAAACGGUACCGACUGUGAUAUUUAUGAACCGCUGCGGUACUGCGCGAUGGACAUUAUCUGCGAGACGGCGAUGGGCGUACAGUUGCAGUGUCAAACCAACCCGAACGUGGAGUUCGUACAAGCAACGGAAGAAAUGAUCGAUCUGGUACACAAGCGCAUGUUCAACCCGCUGGUGAGCAAUGAUCUCGUCUACUCCUGGACAGAUGCCGGACGUCGCGAAACAAAACUCAAACACACGAUCCAUCGCUUCACGAGUUCGGUGAUUCGCGAACGUAAGAAGCGGCUGGUUGAUCCACCGGUUCGCACACGAGACGAGGAAAAUCGCACGUGCAAGAUGACGUUUUUGGAUCUGCUGCUGGAAACGCGCUUCGACGGACAGCCCAUACCGGACAAAGACAUCCGUGGCGAAGUGGACACGUUCAUGUUCGCCGGGCACGAAACUGUAACGUCUUGUAUGAGUUUCCUGUUGUACUUUAUCUCCCGUGAUGAGACCGUACAGCAGCGGUUGUACGACGAGAUCGUCUCCAUCUUCGGUGACUCGCGGGAUGCUCAUUCUGUGAGGCCAACGUACGCCUCCCUGCAGGAUCUCAAGUACAUGGAGCAGGUCAUCAAGGAAACGCUUCGUAUUAGCCCGUCGGUGCCGAUGAUUGGCAGGACGUCCGCGGAGGAUAUGGUCAUUGACGGUGUGCCGAUUCCACCCGGCACGGAUAUUAUGCUGAACAUCUACGUCAUGCAGAAUGACCCCGAUUACUACCCCGAGCCGGAUCGUUUCCGGCCGGAACGGUUCGCGGAUGACGGUGCCGAACAGCAGAAAGCCUUUAGCUAUCUUCCGUUCAGUUUGGGCGUGCGGUCCUGUAUCGGGCAACGGUUCGCGAUACUUGAGAUGAAAACCAUGCUGGUUAAGCUACUGACGCGGUUCCGUUUGGGGCCGUGCGAGGAACAGAAUGUAUUACAGUUAAAGGCCGACCUAUCGCUGAAGCCAUUUCAGGGGGCUUUUAUUAAAAUUUUAGAACGAUAG